GAAGACGAAGAAGAAGAAGAAGAAGAAAGGGACUCGCAAGGGGCGUGGUUUCGUUGGAGGCAAAACACCCUGAAAGGGUUUAUCGUUGUUAGCGGUUCAAACCAAGAUCGCGAUAUAAACUCGAGUGCAUUUAAGUGAGAAAAGGACAGAAUACCAACGAGAGCGAACAUGGAUGCAGGUGAAGACCAGAACGCGGGCACCACCAAUGGAAAUCCUCCGACAAGUGGGAACUCUCGUGCUCCCCAGAUAGCCCACAUGUCUCUCUAUGAGAGGCAGGCUGUACAGGCUCUCCAAGCACUGCAAAGACAGCCAAAUGCAGCUCAGUACUUCCAGCAGCUGAUGCUGCAGCAGCAGAUCAACAGUGCCCAACUCCACAACUUGGCCGCCGUGCAACAGGCUGCUACGCUUGCAGCCAGUCGACAGUCCAAUACACCGAGUAACAGCAUGUCCCAGGCAACCACCACUGUCAACCUAAGCACCACAUCUGCAGGAGCUACCAUGACCAACCCCCGUCCCCACGGCCCGGCCACAACAACAGCUCUCAACCAAUCGGUGCUGCUCGGUGGAAACUCUGCAGGACAGGGUCAGAUGUACCUUAGGGUCAACCGCUCUCUCAGGGCUCCCCUAGCCUCUCAGCUCAUCUUCAUGCCUGGUGGUACAACAACAGCUACUGUAGCAGUCGCCCAGACACAGCCCCAGCAGCAGCAACAACAGCAAUCACAUGAAGUCACUCCUGCCGGUGCUCAGUCUGACAACGAUCAGGUGCAGAAUCUGGCCCUCCAUUGCAAUCCAAGAGCAGUUGCGGUCAAGUCUGAGAUUCCGGAGAGGAAAGAUGUUGCCGGCUUUCCUCUCGGUCACCAGCUGCAGACUUUCGCCCAGACAGCUCAGCAGCAGCAAGUGCAACCACAACAGCAGCAGCAGAUGGCCAAACCCAACUUUACUCAGCACUCCUCUGCCAACACCAUGACUUUAAAGACUGGUACUCCUGCUGCUUCAGUAGCACCUUCCUCCACCUCCUCUCAAGCACUCCCUCUCUCCCAACUCCUCCUGUCUUCCUCUGCUGCCCCUGUGAUCCUGGUGCCCACCUCAAAUGUUACAACCACCACCCAGGGCUACUCCAUUGGCUCAGUGACCCAAAAAGCCAACGUUAACACGCAGACUCUGGUGGUGCAGCCCCUACAACAGGCCAGCACUACUACAGAAAAAGGACCUGUGCCAAUCCAGCCCAAGACGGCUCAGGGACACCGCUUACCUGUGCAGCUGCCUCCUCGACACCCACCUCACAUUCUCCCGGCGCCACCUAGCAACAGCCAGCACAACAGUCCCCAUAUCCCCGUGCAGCUCGUGGGAGCCCGGCAGGGCUUAACAGGAAACCCCCAGGCUGUGGCUCUAGCACAGGCACGAAGCGGCACGGCCCAGGAAGGUACAGCUGGUGGGAAUGUUAACGCAGUCUCCAACAACAGUGCGAUGAUUAAGCCUGCCAUUGGCUCUCUGAAAAGAAAAUCUGACUGUGAUGCUCCAAAUGAGAUGGCGACAGAAUCCUCAGACCCUACACUCAUGAAAGAUUCUGCACCUCCCUUAUCCCCGGCCCCUACAAAGAACUCGGGUCCUCCUGUUGCAGCUGCAUUCUCAUCUCCUCCCACACUGUCGUUGCCUCUUCCCUUGUCAAGAGUCGGGCAUGGGGACAAGGACAGAGCGCCUGUUCCCCAGGCAGUGGUCAAACCUCAAGUGCUCACCCACCUCAUAGAGGGCUUUGUCAUCCAGGAGGGAGCUGAGCCUUUCCCCGUUGCCGGACUCCUCAAAGACAGAGAUUUUGCCCUGGUUGGCCGCUCAGAGAAUGGACCUCCGUUGUUAAAAUGUGAGUAUUGUGGAAGCCUCGCCCCAGCCAGCCAGUUUAGAGGAUCAAAGAGGUUCUGUUCAAAUACCUGUGCAAAGAGGUAUAAUGUGAGCUGCAGUCAACACUUCAAGACCAGCAGAGGGAGGAGUGGUGCUGGGCUGGCACCACCUCCAGCUACCAAUGAGAGCACUGCUAGGCGAAGAGGCCCCUCUCGCAGGAGCAGUUCUAAUAUCACUUGUAAUAAAAUAUCAAGCAGGCAUCUACCUGUUAAGUGUCACUCAGAGUCCAGUCGCUCGGAGGAUGUAUCCAGCGACGGGGACGAAGAGGAUGAUUCUCCCUCACUCUCCCCAAGCUCCUCCCACUCCUGCUCCAGAGCUGAGCUCAGUGCUCCUCCGUCUGACAGCUUAGCUCCUGGUAGCCUCCCACUAGAGGGUGCUAGCUUCCUCUCUGCAACUCCUGGCCAGUGGAGCGUGGAGGAAGUCUGCAGGUUUAUCUCUUCACUUCAAGGCUGUGAAGAGUUGGCUGCCCAGUUUCUGUCACAGGAAAUAGACGGACAGGCUCUGAUGCUCCUGCGAGAGGACCAUCUCAUCUCCACAAUGAAUAUCAAGCUGGGUCCCGCUCUCAAGAUCUGUGCCUCCAUCAACACCCUGCGUGAGUGACUCAGUGAGUUUCUCCGAGAGCAUCAGGAUCACUUUCUCAUUGAUGACUCCUCACUGCAAUCAAUACGUGGACCUGCUCCUCUUUUAGUCUGAAGUUAAAAGGACUUCUAUGAGGAUGUUUUUUAGUUGUUUUUUUUAACAAAACAAUUGUGCACCAUCAGUCAUGUGGAAACAUGAGGAUGGACAGUUUACUUUCUGGACAGUGAAUGUAUAAAAUCAUGUUCUGUGUUUAGUGUGAGUGGUGAGCAUGGACGGUCUGUAUCCAUGUCAGAAGUGUUGGAUUCUUUCUGCCGCUGUGUGUAGACUCAGCCUGCAGUAAUCGCUGUGCGGCCUUUUAACUAGGACUGUUCACCUGUUCACAAAAAAAGAAGCGUUGCCUUCUUGCUGUAUUUCAAACGGUGCUUUAACUUUACUGACAUGAUAUGGAGUGAUGUCCUCAUCAGUCCACUUCAUUUAUAUAUUCAAUCUUUUUGUAGUAGUUACUUGUUUAUUUACCGUAGAUGUUCAAUCUAGGCUCACAUCAAGCAAAAGACACUAAAAACACCUGGUAAUUUAAUUAGUUAAUUUUACUAGUUCUCAAAAGUUUAGUUUUGUAUCUUCCAUUUUUUGUACUACAAUCAAAAUUAUUUUUUCAUGGAUAUGAUAUAGUUUUAGUAGCUUUAAUCAACUUAACUACCUGAAAAUAGGUAUUCCUCGUGGUUUGCUCUCUUACGGGCCGAGUGGAAGUGCUCUGUGUACAUGUAUGCAGUACUACCAAUAAACAAUACCUGUUACUGGACUUCUACCUGUAUGCUUUUGAUGCCACAUAAAAAUGAAAAAGAUUGUUUUUGAACUUGCACAUUUUAAUUCACAUUUACAUUAGUGUAAACCGUUUGAGCUCAUUUCUUGCUUGCAGAUGUUCACAUGAUCUGAGCUCAUAGAAAAGACAGCAAGUGUAAAAAUAACAUAAAUACCUUUUAAUUUACACAACUUCCAAAUAUAGAACCACUCAAAAUGUGGUAAUACCAUAUUAAUCUGUUAAUGUGCAUGUGCUUCUACGAGAUCUGUAAACUGUCAUAAGUUGACAGUAUUGACUACAGGUUCAGGAUGCAGCGACUGGACUUUCAAGUUUACAUUUCUAAAAGAAUACAACUACAAAAUGACUGGUUGUGUUUCCCUCACUCAACCUCAACGAUUUGGAUAUUUAUGAUCUUACUUAAAUAAAAAUGAAUGGUUCCCAGAAGUGAACUUAUUUCACAUUCAGUUGUCCUGGUUUCUGAAAAAGGAGAAUACAUCAAAAUGAAAGAUUGCAGUGCCCAAAAGCUCUCAUACACACAAUUUGGAAAACUUCUAUUGCACCUGACAUCGUUUUGUACAAGCGCACUAUGGGGAGAAAAGUGCAAUUUAUUUAGCUGACCGGCAGAAAA